AAUCUAAACCAUUUAAAGCCUCAAGAAGAAAAACGUACUCUAUGGUUAUACAUACGUACUAUUUUAUUAAUAUUUCUACUCUCCUAAAAAUAAACUACUAGAAAUAUGACUAAGUCAUACAUUAAAAGAUGAAACUUGUUAAUAAAAAUGUUAAGUUAGUUUCCCAUCUUAGUUGAUGUGUCAACACAGUGGUUAUUGACACGUUUAAAAGGAAUAUUGUUGACGUGUGAAGACUCUAUCUAACAAUGAGAUGAGUGUUAAAACCUUUUUCACCAGACACUGGUUUAUGUACACCAUGUGUUUAGUGAUCAUCCUGGCCUAUAUCGCACCUGGUGUGGGCUCUAAAGGAGGACUGAUAUACCCUGAGAUAACUGUCAAGUAUGGGGCAGUGUCAACCAUCUUCUUCUUCAGUGGUGUUUCCCUCCAGACCAGUGAUAUUCAUGCUGCCAUGUCACAAACCUCGCUACAUGUCUUCAUACAAGGAACAACAUUUUUAGUAUAUCCAGUUUUUAUGAAAAUACUUUGUAUUCUAUUGACUACCAUCGGGGAUUUCAAUAAGUCACUUUUAAAAGGUCUUCAGGUUGUAAGUUGCAUGCCACCACCUGUGUCAUCUGCUGUUAUUCUCACAAAAGCUUGUGGAGGAAAUAAUGCAGCAGCCAUCUUUAACUCUGUUGUCGGCAGCUUCCUUGGCCUCUUUUUGACCCCACUGUCUCUAAGGCUAUGGCUUGGUAUCUCGGCAUCCAUCCCUGUCACCAGUACAAUAGUGCAGCUCGCUCUUACUGUUCUGGUUCCUCUGACAAUUGGUCACUUGAUUCGGAGAACUGGAUACCACCGAGUUCUCAUGCCUCCAGGAUCACCUUUAGGAACUCUAGGGCAAUGGAUGCUGCUCCUCAUCAUUUAUUCAACAUUCUGUGACAUGUUCAGAUCAGCAGAAUUAGAGGCAGUUCUUCCUAGGGUGGCAUCUGCAGUCCUUAUAGUGCUCUUCAUGCAGUGUACUCUUCUGUAUGUAACCUGGUGGAUAUCUCACCGCUGGCUGGUGGGAUGGUUUUCCCGGGGUGACACCCUGGCCAUCAUGUUCUGCUCCACACACAAGUCACUAACUCUGGGUCUGCCUAUUCUUCGUAUAUUGGUGUCAGAGGUGUCAGCACUGGGAGAAUUAGCUCUUCCCCUGCUGGUCCACCACCCACUGCAGAUGGUGCUGGGUGGCUCACUCACUCCUAGAUUGGCAGCCUGGGCUCAGCAUCAGAUUAAAAGAGUCUUGACUUCAGAAGUUUGAAGAUCAGUUGGAGUGUCCUAAUCCCUCCUGACUGGAAAAUGAUACCUACCAUCUUCUUUGUGAUAAUUGUGCAGGUACUGUACACAGUUUUUUUAAUGGAUAUACAGUACUCAUGUUGAUAAAUAAUACACAUUCAUGAUAAAAGGAUGUCUCAUUAUUUCAAGAUAAUUAUUUUUUGGUUCAUAUUCCCACUCCAGGGUGCAUAGAAGUACCUACUUACAUGUCGCUGCUGGCCAGCUUAUAGUGAAAACUAUUUUUAAGAGAAUGAUGCAUUGGAUUCCUUUUCCCAUGCAACUUUUGAGGACCUGUAUGUUCUAAAUUAUGGUGUGAAUCUGUCUGGGUUUCUAGGAAGCUUUUGUUAACACUUUCGCCGGCCAUUGGAAGUGAAAUGUCUCCCAUGACCCUGAGCGCUCACACUGGUGCGUAAGAUAUUAUCUUUCCUCGCUCAUUUUCAGCCAUCCCAGAUCAUUUAUACAAUUAUUUUGCUCUUUUAUCACUUAGUCAGAUACAGUAGUUUAUUUUUAUAACUAAGUAUAAAAAAAUAAUUGUUUUACCCAUAAACGGUAAAUGAAAAUAUAAAUUCAAAGAAAAAUCUAUGCAUUUUAGAAAUCGGCCUGUCUACAAGUGAGAUUUGGACUACACGAGCAGUGAGCAAAGAGAUUAAUCUGGAACAUAACUUUUGUAUCAACAAAGAAUUUUUUUAUGAAAUGCCUAAUACAGUGUUGUACUGUAAAUCUGUAUCAUUACAAGACAAUAUACAUUUACAGAACUUAAUAUUCAAUAAUCAAAGAGCAAGGUCUCAGCUGUGGGUCAAAGAUCAAAUCUACAGAAAUGGCAUAUUAUGUAGCAUAGUGCUUUUGUUCCUAUGUCCUUAUUUGAUAUAAUUUAGUUAUUAAUGAAGCAUGGAAUGAGCAUUAUUUCUCAUUAGUUCUCCAAACGUGGAAGUUCAUUUCAUUUAACUUUUGAUGUACAGUACAUUAUUUAUGUAUGAUUGUAAUUCAUGGUACUAUAUGUAUCCUCUGUAUGUGUACAGUAUAUGGACUACAGUUUAUGUAUCAAAAGAAUAAUGGACCAGAGUCAUAGAAACAGCACUUUUUUACAUACACCCAGAGAUAAAUUGUAUAAAUUUUAACCCAAGGCACCAAAUUAAAGAGGGUGUCAGGAAAGUAUUAAAGGUGGUAUCCUCAUAAAGAUCUACUUAAUGCAGUUUUACACAAUAAGAUAAUAAUACUUAAGUAGUCAUAUAAUAACACAAAUACCUGUACUGAUGCUGAUAAUGAAGAUAAUUAUUGUUUUGUUUUUCACAUACUGUAUAGUACAUGUACUGUACUUUUACUUUCAAAGUACAGUACAGUACAGUAAUUAUAUUUUCAUUAUGUUUCAUGUUUGGAUAUUUCCACUCUUUUUGGUGGUAUUAGUAUAAUCCUAAAAUUUUUAUUUUCAUAUUACCUGUCAUUUGUUUCAUGAAUUAGAGGAAUUUUGCUUGAAUGUGUAAAUAGUAGGCAUUCCAGGACAUGAGAUUUUAUUGACAAGGCAAUUAUUUCUUUAUUUUCUAUAGUGCGGCAGGAACUUUUAAAGAAUAUUAUUCUCCUACAAAAUUAGUGCAUUACCGUGUAGAUACUGUAUACAGUUUUGCAUUUUAAAAACUAGAAAGGUUGUGCAUUUUAUCAUGUACUGUACUGUACAUAUUUAACAUAGUGGAAGCCAAGAAUAGAGUGGCAUUAGUCUCUUGUUCUCUCUCACACAUAUUAUUAAGGUGCUGGUAUGAUGUUGCUGUGAUACAGUAGAAGAUCUCCAUUCUGAAUUACUUGGGACCAGUCAUUGUUUGAACUGCAUAUACAGUAAGUCUUCGUUUAACAUUGCCCCCUACAAUGUUGUUUCGUUAUAACGUCGCUACUCUUUAGAUACCCAUGAUUCAGACAAUGUCCCGGCUAUUCAUUAUAACGUCGUCACGGACUACUUUGUACGACACAUCACCCUCUCUCAUCUUGGCACACUACGCUCUCUUGCGGAGCGUCACAGCAUCCCCAGUCUUUGUUAGGCUUCCACGGCAUUCAUGCACAUUUUCAUUACUGUACUGUAACUAUUUGAAAUGGCUUCAAAGCGCCCAUCAAGUGUUAGUGAUGCUAGUGUUGUGA